UUCCGAUAUGGCAAUUACGAUCGCUACUAUGGAAGUCGUCUGGAGAGGGGUGCCGAAUGCGAUCCUCGAAUAAAUGUUCUGAAGAAGGAGUGGUUUGAGAAGAAAACAGUUCUGGAUGUGGGAUGCAACGUUGGCUAUCUGACGCUGUCAAUUGCGAAGAAGUACCAGCCAGUGCACAUCGUUGGCAUUGACAUUGACGCACAUCUGGUUGGCGUUGCUCGAAAGAAUAUCCGUCAUUACUGUGACAAGGAUAUACCUGUAAGUUGCUUUCGUUUUGCUUGA